CCUUUUGCCCUGGCCCUCUCCAUGCCUAGUCCAGGCCUCAUCUUUGUCGCUCUUCUUCUUCUCGCCUUAAUUCAUGAGACCUGCAGUGCCAAAGAUAAACAUUACUGUCCACCUUCUUCUUGUGGAAAUAAUUCGAAUAUUAGCUACCCUUUCAGAUUAAACACAGAUCCGCCUAAUUCCUGCGGAAUGACUGCAAAUCCAGUAUAUAAUCUAUCCUGUGAGAACAACCUUACAGUAUUGUACUCUGAUCAAUCAAGAAAAUUCUACGUGAAAGCAAUCAAUUAUGACAAUCAAACAAUUCGAGUUGCUGAUGCUAGUUUUGAAGAAGGGAGCUGCUCCAUACCUCAAUAUUCUUGGGACGCCGAUAACUUCUCAACGUUUUCACAAGAUUAUUCUUCUUCUUAUUAUUAUUAUGCCUAUGAUGUUUUAUUUUGGGAGGAUGUUCUUUUCAUAAGUUGUGGAAAUCUUGUAAGUGAUCCUCUUUAUGUGGAAGCUCCUGCCUGCAUCAAUGACGGCUCUUUCUCCACACCUUAUAGGCCUAAAUCUGAAGGCAAAAGGUAUUAUUAUGUGAAACUUGGAUCGACUGCACUUGAGUUAAAACCCUCAUGCCGUAUUGAGCUAAUGGUACUUACACCAUUCAUACGGGAGAAGAAUUACGAGAACCUCUCCUACCUGGACAUCCACCAUUGGUUAGCAUAUGGAAUUGAGUUGUCGUGGCGGUAUGCUUCAUGUGGAGAGAGGCAUUCUUUUUCCUACAUUAAUGAGGAAAACCAGUGUGUUCCUUAUCAAGACAAUCGAGUCUAUGACUAUUUCAUCAGUACUGUUGGAUCCGUAAUUGGUAAGUACCCCUAAUCGACAUUUUGUUCAAUUAUAUCAUACAUAUGAAGCAAGAAUAAAAUUUGGUUAAAUGA